UGGAGAGUAGGGUUAGGGUUUUUCCCAUAUAGCAAAGUUUGUUUGUGUGUGUGUGUGUGUGUGUGUGUGUGUGUGUAUAUAUAUAUAUACAGCCUAUUCUCUCCCUCACUCUCGUCACUGAACUCGGUCUCUCUGAAACAGUUAGUAUUACUGCGUAGCUCACUGAAGCAAAAAUGGAGCAAACUUUCAUCAUGAUCAAGCCCGAUGGAGUCCAGAGAGGCCUGGUUGGUGAUAUUAUUGGCAGGUUCGAGAAGAAGGGAUUCACUUUGAAAGGUUUGAAGCUCAUUACUGUUGAUCGUCCUUUUGCUGAGAGACACUAUGCUGACCUCUCUGCAAAGCCCUUUUUCAGUGGCUUGGUUGAUUACAUUAUUUCUGGACCCGUUGUUGCUAUGAUCUGGGAGGGUAAGAAUGUUGUGACUACUGGUCGGAAGAUUGUUGGAGCCACCAACCCUGCAGAGUCUGCCCCUGGAACCAUCCGUGGUGAUUAUGCCAUUGACAUUGGCAGGAAUGUCAUUCAUGGUAGCGACUCAGUUGAGAGUGCAAGGAAGGAGAUUGCACUCUGGUUCCCUGAUGGCUCUGUUAACUGGCAGAGCAGCCUUCACCCUUGGGUUUAUGAAUAAACUCUGAUUGAGCCAUGUGUUGCUGCCAAGAUCCUUUUGCUACCUCAUUUAGUCUUUCUUUCUCCAUAUCUGCUAGGUAUCAGGAUGUGACUUCAUUUAAGCUGCAGUUUGUCAUGCUGUCUCCUUGGAAUCUAGAGAUGCAAGCUUAUGAAGUUUUUAAACUUAGUGAUGCUAAACUUGUUCGAUUUUAUUGUGAACCUGCUAAAAUUUGAGUUUGUGAUCCGUGAGUUUUUAAGUGUGGAAAUCUUGGUUGUCAUAUUUGAUAGGCGUCUUAAUCUAAAGUACAUUUUGUUUAAAAUAAAUUCCAAAAUUGAUUAUCAACUAAA